UGCACAUCUCUAGAGCGCGCUGCCACCUUCAGCAAAUUGGCGCAAUUUAAACAAAAAUAGGCAAAAUAUCACAGUUGCAAUCGUAGGAGGAACGCAAAUAGAUAAUCCAGAAAAGAUCUAAGUUCCUGGAAGAUAUACCAAUCGCCCCCCGCCCAAUUCGGAGACUCUGCUGCAAAGAUAUAGCGAAGCAUCUAAGUGCAUUCCGCAUCGCAAAUUGAAAUUGCAAUGACGACCCCGCUGCAGACACGAAUGGCGCUGGCCGAGAUUCCCGAUCGCCUGGAGGCCCUGCGCAUGGCCAACACGCCGACAAACGCCAAUCGCCGGACACCGGACGAACCGACUCCGGCGGCCAUAAUAAACACUCCGAACGCCAACGGGGGAUUGGGUUUGCGGGUGGACAACGAUGUGAAUGUAGUGCAGGCCCAGGACUUUGUCUUUUCGCCGCUUCCCUCUCCUGAUGAGCUGGUCAUUCGGCAACGAGGUCGCCGGCGCUUUACCACCACCUUUUCGCCAGAUAAAGUCAAUGGAGGCGGCGGCGCUGGAGGAGGUGCAUCCGGUGGCUCCUCGAUGCGUAGCCCCUUUCAACGCACACCCACCAAAAAUCUGCAAUUAACCAGCGGCAUGAUUCUACGCAGUUCGCCCCGCAAGCGUCUCACCAUGGGCAGCACUCCGCCAGAGCCAACGCCCAUGGAGACAUAUUCGCCGAUUAAGAUGGCCACCACCAAGCAACUCUGGCCGGGAACACCGAUAGUAAAGAAGCUGAGAAUGGACGACCGGCCUGUGGGACAAACCAACACGGAUUCGACACUGCCUUCCCUGUUGCAGGGCCUUUCCCAGAACCAACUAAUCGAUUUAAUCAUGAAUAACUUGAAGAACACCAGCGAUGAGGGGGAGAUCAGACGGCAGCUGCCCACGCCAGACAUUAGUUCGCUGGAGCAGGAGCUGCAUCACGCCAAGCGGCUCAUCUUCAAGUCUCUGCCCACCUCUCGCCUGUGCAAGAAGACCGAUGCGGCGGCCUACUCCAAAGCCUCGAUGCAUCUGAACGAAUUCAAGCGGGUUAUGCAAUCGCAGGCCAAGCGUCUGCACGAUUCCACCCAUUGGGACGCCCUGGUGGACUAUGUAACAAUGGCCUGGCAGUGCGUCGCUAGUACGCCCAACUGGGAGAGCCACGCACACAAUGCGGUGCGACGGCAGUGCUUCAAGCUUUUGGCCUGCUCCUGCUAUGCGGCCAUAAAACACGGCGGAAUGCGAUUGGGACAGACGCGACUGGAGACUUUGGAACGCAAUUUGCGCGAAUGGUCCAAGGACUACGAGGACGUGCUGUCUUGCGUGAAUGCCUUGCAGCGUACGCUUAACAACCGUACCAGUUUAUAAACACAGUGGAGACUAUAGACUUUUAAGGCCGACUUGCUGAACUCGAGGUUUAGUGGACCGAAUCUAGUAAAUAAGGCAAAAUGUACCAUGUAAGCAAACGAUAUUUGGCGCGACACGUGUUAUACACUAUUUUUAAUUUUGUUCCUCGAUUUGUUGUCCUGUUUAAAAUGCACGCAAGCAGUUACAGCUUCUUUAUUUAGUGAUCUAAGCCACACGCUAACUAAAGUCGGUUAGCUUUAUAAACUUGUAUUUAUUAACGCUUAAAUAUAUGCUUAGCAAGUAGGUUUGAUUACCAUUGGA